AUGGCAAGCUAAUUGGAAUUCAAUCUUAAUCAGAUUCAAGUCGACUUUAUUCUAAGCAAAAUGCCCAAAGGCUAUUCCCUUUUGCAAUCUAAUCUCCUAAAAUCCCGUGAAUAGAGAGUGCCCAAAAAGGUUAACAAAUAUGAUGCCUCUUUCCAAAGCAACAAAUAGGAAGUGGUCGAAGACAAAAGCAAGAGAUCCCAAAGAAUUGCUCCAGUUCAAAAAGAAUAAGUCAAAAUUCCAUAGGAUGAUAAUUGCAAGAAGGGAUUGUACCUUCUUCAAAAGUUCAAAUCCCAUCCAGCAUUCAAUGAGAUCAAUGCUUCUGGGUAUUUAAAUAUCGAUAAAAUUGAAGCUUCCUUCAAAUAGGAGGGUAAUUUGAUGAAUCUUUGGAAUCAAAUUAGAAUUGCAUUACAAAAACUAACUUAAUCUGUUACUUCUAGCUAAAUACAAGAUCAAGUCACGCAAUUAGAAAAUCAUUUUUAUGAUGUUUUUAAAGCAUUCUAAAAUGAAUAGAAAUUAACACCCUCAUCUACAAAAAGCAUCCCAACCGCAAACAAAGCCAACUCCAACAAAGUGAAAGAACCUUAAUACUAAAAAAAAUAAGAUACUCAUAUUUCAUUCGAAGAAAAAAGAUAAUUGGGGCAACACAUCAGAGAGUUGCCUCAAGAACAUUUGAAGGGAGUUUGGGAGAUAGUGUAGUAAAGUGUUUAAAAUCAAGAAGCCGAAGAACUAGAAUUUGAUAUUGAUCAAUUGCCAGCCAAGGUCAUUCGCAAACUAUAAGAAUAUGUCCAAUCUAAAUUAAAAACAAAAAAAGUAAAAGUUGAUCCAUCAAUCAAUUACAGCUCCCAAAAAUCCAACAACUAAGAAGAUAGUUCUUUUCCCUCUGAGUCCUCUGAUUGAGAUAUUAUCAAUAUUCAAUAUCGAUAUUUAAUAUUCUGAAU